AAGACGGAUCAUCAUUAAGACAUCAUGAAGGCUUCAUGUGUCUCCAUGAUUUUCGGCCUGGCCGCGCUGCAGUUUGGACAGACUGAUUCUGCAGGUCGUUCUGUGAUCCUGGAGUUGCCCAAACUUCCUGUGAUUAGAGGAAGUGAUGUCACUCUUCAGUGUAAAAGCAGCGAUGGCUCCAAACCAACGAUGUUCUUCUUCAGGAACGGGAGCUUCAUUGGACACAGAUCCACGGGAGAGUUUACCAUCGGUGACGUGCAGCAGACCGAUGAAGGCCUCUAUCACUGCUCCGCUGGUUUAUUCUCAUUGUCGGAGAAGACGUGGCUGAGAGUCACAG